AUGGACACCAGGGCAGGAGCGCACCAUGGAGUUAGUGCAACAGAGGUGUUAUUGGCGGGUGUGUCCUCGGAUGUGGCAAGUUGGUGUCACGAGUGUGACCGGUGCCAGGCAGCCAAAGACACCCAGCCACUGGCUCAGGCUUUUAUGGGGCGGUUAAUGUCAUCUAGGCCAAAUGACAUCUUGGCAGUGGACUUCACAGUGUUAGAGCCCACAAGCUCUGGCAUCGAAAACGUUUUGGUGAUGACUGACGUUUUCAGUAAGUAUACCCUUGCUGUUCCAACGAGGGAUCAGCGAGCGGAGACGGUGGCACAAGCCCUGGUGACCGAAUGGUUUUACAGGUUCGGUGUUCCGGGCCGUCUCCACUCGGACCAGGGUCGAAAUUUUGAGUCUUUGUUGAUACGUCAGUUAUGUGAGCUUUAUGGUGUGGUGAAGUCUUGUACUACCCCCUAUCACCCGGCCGGUAACGGCCAGUGUGAACGCUUUAACCGCACUCUACAUAAUCUGUUGCGUACUCUGCCAGUGUCCAGGAAACGAGACUGGGUAGCGUGUCUUCCCCAGGUAGUGUUCAGUUAUAAUAGCACCCCUCAUCAGAGCACAGGGGAAUCGCCACACUUCUUGAUGUUUGGACAGGAGCCACGAUUGCCUGUAGAUUUUCUGUUGGGGAGAGAACCACAGCUAAGGGAGGGUAGUGUGCAUGACUGGGUCUUGGAACAUCAAACGAGGCUCCAGGUGGCCUUUGCAGGUGCACGGGAACGGUUGCAGGUCAUGGCUGAUAGGCGCAAGGCCAAUCAUGAUCAGCACGUCCGAGAUGAACCAUUGGUGGAGGGUCAACUGGUGUACCUCCGUGAUUAUGGGGUAAGGGGCCGCCAUAAAAUCCAGGACCUAUGGAGCCCAGUGGUCUACCAAGUGAUAAGGGCACCCAAGGAAGGUGGUGUAGUGUACACCAUUGCGCCUGUAGAUGACCUGACCAAGGUAAGGAACGUGCAUCGUUCACUGCUAAAGAGAAGAGUCUGUAAGGACACAGUUGGUACUAACCAUGGCAGUCCUUUACCUGACCCAGUUGUGGGCACAUCAUCGUUAGCUGAGGAAGAGGAUGAGGUAGAUUUAUUAGCUUUGGUCCAAGAACGGGAUCAAGUUGAUGUCGAAUUAAGAAUUGGUGGGCUGGCAUCUGGGGUGGAACAUGGUCCACAGGAGAGGGUGAGUGUUACGGGACCCGUUCCUGCUAACUGGCCAGGAUUACAGGCUCCAGCUAGGGAUACAGCUAUGUUGCCGGAGCCACAGCCUGAAGCCCUGGUUAGGUGGAUGAGGGUGCGUUACGCAGGACAAAACGUGCAAAUGCGGGCCAACAUCCAAAUGUACACCAUCUUCCCCGUUCAGUAG